UGUACUGUGUCUGCAGUCUCUGGUCAUCUCCUGUCUGCAGUCUCUGGUCAUCUCCUGUACUGUGUCUGCAGUCUCUGGUCAUCUCCUGUUACUGUGUCCGCAGUCUCUGGUCAUCCCUGUACUGUGUCCUCAAUCUCUGGUCAUCUCCUGCACUGUGUCUGCACAGUCUCUAGGUCAUCUCUUGUACUGUGUCCGCAGUCUCUAGUCAUCUCUUGUACUAUGUCCGCAGUCUCUGGUCAUCUCCUCUACUGUGUCUGCAGUCUCUGGUCAUCUCCUGUACUGUGUCUGCAGUCUCUAGUCAUCUCCUGUAUAUGUCUGCAG